UGCCUCUGAAAGCUGAGGCUCUAGCCGUGACAACAAGUGGCAGCAACUUCCUCGUUUUACAAUGGACAUCCACACACGGCUUUAGAUAUGAAAGCCACGAGAUACAUUUUAUGAGAGAAAACUCAAACUGGCAGACGAAAUACUCAGACAGUCAAGUGGCCUUUAACCUGACCAACCUUGACCCCGGCUACAGUUAUCAGAUCUACGUCGUGGCAGUUACAGCGGGGGCAAGAAGUCCACCUUCGGAUACUUUGAUUGCUUCCACUUUGCCAGUUCCUCCAGUUAACUUAACAUCCAGGGCUGUUGGCUCCAGUCAGAUCACAGUAACAUGGAUCCCGUAUCCAUCUUCUUACCAG